UAACCCAACCCACUUUACGAUUUCCUCCUCUCCAUUCUUCUCCUCCCUCCCUUUCCCUCUCUCUCUCUUGAACCCUCCGCCGCUCCGAGGAAAAAUCCGAAUUUUGAAUUGAAAUCAUCCGGACACAAGGAGAUUUUUUUCUUCCCCAACCAAAGGUAUCUCCUCUCUCGAUCCGAUCCGUAGCUGCUCGCGUCCCUGUUCCUCGCCGGCGGCAGCGGCGGCGGCGACUGGACGAGGUCUUCAUCGGCUCUUCGCGGGCGACGAUCGUCCACUAGCUUGAAUCCGCCUACCUGGAUUGGACGCAAAGCACGUGCUACUUUGGCGUUGAAUUUGCUCGAAUCUUGGGUUUCGGUUUGAGAUGAGCUGUUUGUCCUUGGCAGUUUGGUCGGCCUGAGGGCAUGAUGAUGGCGAACCCGAAGCUCCAUAAGCAGGCGCUGCUGCCGCCGCGGAGCCCGUUCCCGACGGCGGCGGCGCCGUCGCCGUACGCGGACCGCGGUCCAAUCGCGCGGCCGCAGGUUGGUGCGGCGCACCACCGGCACGGCCACCACCAGCGCACGUCGUCCGAGAGCUUCAUCGAGGAGCAGCCGCCGCUGUGGCUCGAUGACCUGCUGAACGAGCCCGAGACGCCCGCGGCGCGGCAGAGCGGCGGCCGGGCUGGGCACCGCAGGUCGUCCAGCGACUCGUUUGCGCUGUUUGACGGUGGAGCUGCUGGCGCCGCUGGUGCUUACGCCAAUGGCUUCGAGGGGAUGGGGAGAGGAGGUGGGCAGCCUGCGCCGUGGGGUGGUGUGCAGGAGUACUAUGCCAAGCCGGCAUCGUUUGGGAGGGCACAUGGAAGGCCGUGGGAGCAAGGCAUGCCGAAUUCGGCGGGUUUCAGGCAUGGUGGUGGCCUGCCAAUGCCCAUGAAAGAUAAGGUUGGCGGGCAUCAUGGGCCACCGAACGUGCCGAGGGAGCAUGACCAUGGCAUGGACAAGAGAACUCCUGAUGAUGCUGGCCAUGAUCAAAAAGUUGGAGCCAAGGAGGGUGUGCUGCCGAAGCAUGCACAGUCAGAGGCGGACAACAAGCGUGCUAAACAGCAAUAUGCUCAGAGGUCCCGUGUUCGGAAGCUGCAGUAUAUUGCAGAGCUUGAGGGUAGAGUCCAGGCAUUACAGUCAGAAGGGGUAGAAGUGUCUGCUGAAAUGGAGUUCCUUACCCAGCAGAAUAUUAUGCUCGACCUGGAAAACAAAGCCUUGAAGCAAAGACUGGAGAGUCUAGCACAGGAACAACUUAUUAAACGCUUUCAACAGGAGAUGUUUGAGCGGGAAAUUGGUCGUCUCAGGUCUCUAUAUCAGCAACAGCAGCAGCAGCAGCAGCAACAGGUUCCUGCUCUUGUUCGCAGUAACAGCAGAGACCUUGAUGUGCAGUUUGCCAACUUGUCUCUGAAACACAAAGACCCCAACUCAGGCCGGGAUGCUCUCUCUGGGCCUCUUCGUACUUAGUAAAUCCUUCCAUUCUUGUGGGUAUUAUCAGUUGCCACCAACGUGUGGCUGUCAUCUCCACCAAGAAAGGAGAAGUGCACUUGGAUUGCGUGAAUAACACCAGAAAAGGCUAAUAGCUAUUUAUCUGAUGUUUAUUAUUUCGGGAUAUGCACCUGGCGGUCAUCCUCAGCUCGCGUCCAUUGGUGAUGCUCGACCAGUCGGCGGUGUUUAGGGUUUUCUUUUUAGCUAGAUGCUUUUCAAGCAUCAUUGUACCAUUUCCCAUGCUAGGGUUCUAAUCUGUUACUAUCCCCUUUUUUCCUGAGCUGUAUUCUUCAUGCAUCGUAGCCAUGUUUGGAUUAGUUCUGCGUUAUUAGUGGAAUGUGGAGCACUAGUCAGCAUCAGGUAAGUUGCUUUGGAAAUGUGCCACAUCCUUGAUAACUGUAUGUUGUGCUAUUAUUUCUCAGUACUCAAUAAGCUAGUGCAAAUGAAGUAUUAGUGAUCUUCAAACUUCAGGAUGCCCUUGAUGUUGGUGUCCUAUGAAUAUUCCGUGAAUUGCUCAGCAUUUCUUGUUGAUGUUAAAAUUUGCCCCCCCAAA